UGGUCUCGAGUGGGACGAAACGGUGUUCGCCAACUUCCUCCAGUAACAACGAAGGUAGUCGGUUGGCUAUCAAAGAAACGGGAGAAUAAAUAGUUUAGUUCCCCACCUUCUUGGCUGGGUGGAGGUCAAUCAAAUCGAAGUGGGGAAUGCUCCGAUUCCUUUCACGGUUCUUCGUUUGCGCCCCCCAAGAACAUAUGCAGGACUUCAAUUGGUCGUCCACGGGGAAUCUUCUUCGGCUCCAAAAAGCUGCCUGAUACUAUAGUGGAAUUAACAAGUAGAAAAUGACGGAUGUUAAGGAAAAUUUUCUCUUUCCUCAAGUUAUCUGCUAAACUCAUCUUGCUGUUGACUGACGAAGACUAAAGAUGCUAAUGGCGAUAUCCUCAGGAAGUGUUCUGUGUUGUUUAAUUGGUAGAACUAGUUGAACAAUACCAAGAAUGAGUCAGCAGGCUGAAACUGGAGAAGCGAUUAGAAAUGAGGGAAAGUAUAUGGCAAUUCUUGUAUGCUGGUUACUAGGAAAUGGAUGCCUUUUUUCAUGGAAUAGUAUGCUGACGAUUGAAGAUUACUAUGUUUACCUCUUUCCGAGCUACCACCCAACUAGAGUACUUACUCUUGUUUACCAACCUUUCGCCCUUGGAACUAUUGCAAUACUUGCAUAUCACGAAGCAAAGAUUAACACCAGAAGGCGCAACCUUGCUGGAUAUUCUCUCUUUUUCUUAAGUUCGUUAGCUCUAAUUGUGUUGGAUGUGGCAACAUCUGGAAAAGGAGGUAUUGGAGUCUUUAUCGGUGUAUGUGUUGUAAGUGGAGCAUUUGGAGUUGCCGAUGCACAUGUUCAAGGAGGGAUGGUUGGUGAUCUAUCCCUAAUGUCCCCAGAGCUUAUUCAAUCCUUCUUGGCUGGGCUGGCAGCUUCAGGAGCUUUAACAUCUGCUCUUAGGUUAAUCACAAAAGCAGCUUUUGAGAACUCCCAGGAUGGUCUUCGAAAGGGUGCAAUGAUGUUCUUUGCAAUUUCAUGUUUUUUCGAGCUUCUCUGUGUUUUUCUAUAUGCAAUUGUCUUCCCCAAACUGCCAAUUGUGAAGUUUUACCGAGCAAAGGCAGCUUCUGAAGGGUCAAUGACUGUCUCUGCUGACCUUGCUGCCGGCGGAAUACAAACACACCUUGCCCAAGGGCUUUUGCAGGUUGAGGAGGAUCCAAAACUUGAAGAACGCUUGAACAACAGACAGUUACUUUUGCAAAAUAUCGAUUAUGCUGUCGACAUUUUUCUGAUAUAUGUUUUGACGUUGUCCAUUUUUCCUGGAUUCCUGUCAGAGGAUACGGGCUCCCACGGCUUGGGCUCAUGGUAUGCACUUGUUCUGAUUGCGAUGUAUAACGUGUGGGACCUCAUUGGGAGAUAUAUACCUCUUUUGAAGCGGUUCAAGCUGGCAUCUAGGAAAUGUCUCAUGGCUGCAAUUCUUUCACGUUUCAUACUCAUUCCAGCCUUCUACUUCACAGCAAAGUAUGGAGAUCAAGGCUGGAUGAUCGUGUUAACAUCAUUCUUAGGACUUAGCAAUGGUUAUCUGACAGUCUGUGUUCUUACUGCUGCACCUAAAGGAUACAAGGGACCAGAGCAAAAUGCUUUAGGGAACUUGCUUGUACUAUGUCUUCUAGCAGGUAUAUUUGCAGGGGUGACACUUGAUUGGCUGUGGCUGAUUGGCAAAGGCUGGUGAAACCGCACUGGUAACACUAUUACUUUUGGAGGUUAUGGCAAAUGUACUUGUAUAUGUAAUAAUGCUUCUCCUCCAUUCAUUUAGAAGCUGCUUAGUUCCUGAAUGUUUGUUUGUUUGUUUUUUGUUUUUGUCUGUGUGUGUCUAUGAACGAUUUACAGUUUGGAGGUUUGUGAUUUCAAAGCCUCCUUGGUAGAAUAAUAAUCAUCUCCCACACAGUUGGAGAUUGAAUGUUAAACUGUGCAGUUCAUAUGUCAAUGCCAAUGUAAGUUUUUCCUUACAUAUAACAUAGUAUGCACGUGAGUUUCUA